ACAUUGUCAAAGGCUGAACUAAUUUUACACAAGUACAUCACAUAUAUAAACACAUUUGUUUUGCUAACAUACCUAACGUAUCUGUUUUUAUUCCUUUUUACAUUUGAAACGGUGUUCAUAUAUUCAUAAACUGACUAUUGAGUGAGCUACCCAGCGUCGUUUUGCGUCCGCGCUGUGAACUGGGAAAUGUAGUUUAUUAUUACGUUCAGAAAAUUGGUCUUUGAACUACAGUCUUCCGGCGUUUAAUGAAAUUGUCUGUUUUCAGGAGAGCCGUGUACACAUUGAAACUUUAUUUUCAGAUAGUGAGUUGUGUGAAGCUAACAUAAACUAUGGGACGUGUGCAAGAAAAUUCGAAGUGGCCCAAAGUAUCAAAGUUCACUGUAUCUGCAUGCGCUGCCAGUGUUGCAGAAUUUGUCACAUUUCCCCUUGAUCUUACAAAAACGAGGCUUCAAAUACAAGGUGAAUAUGCUCCUGGGAAACACAGCAAAAGUGGAACUGUGUAUAGAGGAAUGCUACGCACAGCUGUGGGAAUAGUGCAAGAAGAAGGACCACUGAAAUUAUGGCAAGGGGCAACACCUGCAAUCUACAGACAUAUAGUUUAUUCAGGAGGCAGGAUGCUAGCUUAUGAACAGCUCCGGGACAUUGUAUUGGGAAAAUCAGAAGAUGGCAGCUUUCCCGUUUGGAAGGCUGCUUUAGGUGGCAUGGUAUCUGGUGCUCUUGGCCAAUUCUUGGCCAGUCCCACUGAUCUAGUAAAGGUGCAGAUGCAAAUGGAAGGGAAAAGAAGGUUGGAAGGCAAACCACCAAGAGUACAUGGGGUUGUUAAUGCCUUUGCAAAGAUCAUGAAGGAAGGAGGGAUCCGGGGCCUCUGGGCUGGUUGGGUGCCCAAUGUACAAAGAGCUGCGUUGGUCAAUCUAGGAGACCUCACAACAUAUGACAGCGUUAAGCACUUUCUGCUAAAGACUACCUCUAUAGGGGACAAUUGUCUUUGCCAUGGAAUGGCAAGUACUUGUUCUGGUCUAGUAGCAGCUAUGAUGGGAACUCCGGCUGAUGUGAUUAAAACGAGAAUAAUGAACCAACCUCGGGACUCAAAUGGAAGGGGUCUCCUGUACAAGUCUUCCAUGAACUGUCUGGUUCAGUCUGUGAGAGGGGAGGGAUUACUAACACUUUAUAAAGGCUUUGUACCUACAUGGUUAAGAAUGGCUCCCUGGUCUAUGACAUUUUGGAUAACCUUUGAGCAAAUCAGACAUGCUGUGGGCAUCAGUUCAUUUUGAACAAAUGAAUGAAAGGAGUAAUAAAAAAUAAAAUAUUGUUAAGGAAAAGGUUCUGUGCCUUCAUUCUGUGCCUUAAUCAAGUUUUGUUGAAUUAAGUUUUAUCAAGUUAAGUUUUAAGAUCCGUUUUAAGUUGAGAUCCGUAGCUUGGGUUACUUUCUGUGUGGAGUUUGGUGCGUAUUCUUUCCAUGUUCCUGUGGGUUUUUACAGGCUUCUUUUCACCAGGCUAAAUUGUUAACUGAAAGUGACAUUUUAUAAAUAAAAUGCUCUUUAUAUGCAUAGUUGCACACAUUUUAUGUCUUUUUGUCAUACUACAAUAAAUGAGUUAAUCAGCCAA